AGAUCGGUGGAGUCACACCUCACCAGAGACCAGACCUGACCGCAAUUCUUCCCAUCGCUGGACCUCCACCAGAGCUACCUACCCACGCCGGCCGCCCCGCCGACUAUACUCCGGCUGCCGCCGCCGUCGCCACCACGCUCCUACACAGACGCCGCUCCGAGCGCCUCCCCUCCAAACGCGCCGUAUUAGCCCCUGCUCUUACAACGGAGGCCUACAGCUGCCGCCGUGCCGUACGCCCGUACCUUAGCGGCGUCACCGCCGACGCCUCAACCCCCAUCCCGCAUCCACCCAUCCCCACGAAGCACGACGGCCUCUCAGGCGCGGUGCCGCCUUCGCCGUUCCCGUUCUUCCUCGUCGGGGCAUCGCGUUCCCGCUGCCCCCACCCCGUCCGCAGUGUUCACCCAUUUCGUCUUGAGGGUACAACAUGCCAUUUUUGAUGAUUUAUGGCGCCAAUGACCGCACUUAGCCUUUUCUUAUUCUACAGAUCAGCAGAUGGCUAGUAGCUCCAAUGGCCAUUGUCCAGCUAAUGGUGCAAAAGUUCUUCCUGGAAGGGGGAAGAAGAAUCAGGAGAAAUUACUGCUUGACAAAAAUGCAGCUUCUAGGGCCUGUCAGAAGGACAGGCAAUACAUUGUGAAAUUGGAAACUGAGCUGAGCAACUGCUAUCAGGAAAUUGACUAUUUGCAGGAUCAGUUAAAUAUCAGGAAUGUUGAAGCAAACAUCAUGGGAGAGCAUAUUCACGGCCUUGAACUGAAGCUAACUGAACUGGAGAAAUUUCCUGAAAGAGUGAGAGUUAUGGACAAUGAUCUGAUGCGGUCUGAUUCUCAGUGCUGGCUUCUGAUGGAAGAAGUCCAAUGUAAAGAAGAGGAGCUGCAAAAGGCAGCCUCACAAAUAGAGAAGCUUGAAAGCGCAACUUUAGAUAUGCAAUGUGAAAUUGAGAGUUUAAAACUUGAUUUGACUACGAUUGAGCAAAGACUGUUUGAUGCUGAGAGCUUUAGCCAGCAUACUGCUGAGUACAAAGUUAGAAUAGAGAAGCAACUGAAAGAACAUGAGCUCCAGCUGCAAGAGGCACGGAAGACUAUUGAUCAUCUUGAGGUUGAGAAUAAACAACUGAAAAAAGAGUACUUGCCUGGAAGAGCUCCUAAACAAUCCUCUUCUACAGGCGUGGAGCAACUUGAUAAAACAGUGGAGCAUGAUGGUCAUGCAAACUAUGAAAGAGGUCAUGAAAUUCUUGAAAAGAUGGCGAAGCAAAAUGAAGAACCUGAACAUAUAAUUGAGCAGCUCAAGGUAGAACUUCGAGAACAAAAACUGAAAGCAAAGGAGGAUGCAGAAGAUCUCACUCAAGAAAUGGCUGAAUUGAGGUACCAGAUAACUGGCAUGCUUGAGGAAGAAUACAAGCGCCGGUCUUGCAUUGAGCAAGCGGCUAUUCAGCAAAUUCAGCAGCUGGAGGUUCAGGUCUCCAAAGAGCAAAGGAAAUUGAGUGGAGCACUAAGACGACUGCAGGAAUCGCAUGAGCUAGCUGACACGCAAGCUACGGAGAUUAAGAAACUGAAGGAUGCUUUAGGGGUAUGUGCAUGUAGGUUAUAGCAUCCCACCAAAAAUGAACUAUUCUUCUGCUCGAUACUAGUUGUUUCAUGGUACUGAUACACUAUGUAGAUGCCUCCAUUGUAGAGAUUGAACUCUGCAAUGAACCUCGGGAGGGUUUGCAAAUCUUGCUCUUGCGGGUUCUGUCCAAUGCUGGUAGAGUUGUCUAAUUGCUCGAUUGAGGGGUCGCUUGACCUCAGAUCUUCCGAUGCUAGCAACGUUGAAGAAACACCAGAGAACCAAGCGCUAGUAGAGUGGCAUCCUGAUGAAGCUUCAGAUGGUGCCACAGUAAAUAAUGUAGGAUGCUAGAUGCAGCUGCACUCUUGUGUGCAGUUGCUGUAUAUAAUUCUUUGUGCCACUGUUGUUUGUAGAUGCAUUUGUAACUUGUAAAAACUUGAUAUUUAUCGUGUCAGAUUCAGCCUCA